AUGGCCUCGCCCCUCUCUCGCGCACUCAUAUCGCCAGUAAAGCAAGACAAGAAGGCCCGCAUCACCAGCCUCUCCCUCAGCCCCCGCAAAUCCAUCAAGAGCCUUUUCAGCCUGUCCAGAUCAUCGUCCUCCCCGAGACCUAGCCCUCGCUCCCAGGAAACCUCCUCAGACCACACCGUCAUCACUACCUCUGCCCCAAAUGAGGAUCGUGCCGAACCAACCAUCAAGCUUGUCUUGAAGCAGACGCCGAGCCCGGUCAAGAGGAAGCUGGUCGUCGUCAAUCGUACGCCGCCGGGUGCUCGCUCGUCCCCCAAGAAUCUUGAUAGACCUCACACUCCCGCAAGCCCCACUCCUCAAAAAGCCCGUCAUCCUGCAGCGCAUCUUCACAUGUCUGCCGCUCCUGUUGCAAACAUCGCAAGGCCAAGCGUUGGUCGCCGUGUCACCUCUCACACCCCCUCACAAACGAUCAAAGACCGUCCGAAAGACCGAUCAAUUCGUCCCAAAUCCAAAGCCUCGAAAUCAGAUCGGGUAAUACCCACUCGACAACGUCUGUUGCAUGCUAUCCCGUCCCGCGCGGCUGAGGUCGAUGUCUUCAAGUUUCAAGAAGAGGUAGGAGAGGACGAAGAGGUGAUGGACAUGGUGAUGGACGCUUUGGAGAAGAUUCAAGAGCAGGGAAACGCCAACUGCGAGGGUAUGAUCGCUCAGGAGAUUGAACGUAUAGACACUACGACCCUCUCAGCCCUGCUGGACCCUUCGGACGCUACAACAUACCUUCAGCUCUGCAUGGAUAUGGCUCUCGAGAAGCUGGAAGAUCUGGACGAGGAACUGUCUGGCUACCGAGUGCGGCUUAUGUCUGUCGAGGAGGACAAAUCGGUCAUCAUCUCAGACACCCGGACGCUGUUCAAGAAGCGAUCAAUGCAGAGGAAGCUAGCCAAGGAAAGCAGACGCAUGCAUGAGAAGACCGAGGCGCGGCACUUGUCUAUGACUCGGAUUUGA